AUGAACCCGUCAUACCCCGGCGCGCCUCCCACCGACCGCCUCGGGCCGUCCCGCGCGUCCGCCGCCGCCGCGCACGACCGCAAGAGCGGACCGUCCGCCAGUGGCCCUCCGCCGUCCCAACCGCCGCCGUCGCUCGGCCCGUACCACACGCCACCGACGUCACUCGCGCAGCUGAGUCACCACCUGCACCCGCUCCACGGCAACAACAACAGCAACAGCUGCAGCAACAACAACAAUAGCUGCAGCAGUAGCAACGCGCCGCCGUCGCACGCGCUUUUGCACGCGCUCAGUGGCGCAAGCGGCGGCCCCUCCGCGGGUACGGCCGCGCGCGCGCCGCAUCCGCGUGCGCUGUCGACGUCGUCGUCGCUUCUGCACGCGCCGCGGGGCGCGUUGGGGGCCGCCGGUGGCGGCGCUGGACCGCCCUCAGUGCUCUCGCAGCCCACUGCUGGCGGCGCUGUGGCCGGCAGCGCGGGCCUUUUGGGCCAUCCAGUGCGUCUGCAGACGCCAAACAUGAGCCAAUCCAUGGCGCAGCAGCAGCAGCAGCAGACAAUGGGCCCGUCGGCGUCGGAUCGACUGAAGCCCUCGACGCAGAGUUACAGUGUUCGGCCGCCGUCGCCGAGACGAGGAGAGACUCCGACUCGGAACCCGACUCAGAUGCCGCAGCAGUACGGAUUGGACGGCCGCAUGAUCCCGAGCGAACAGGUCGAGAGCGAGUUCUACCACGCGGCAAUGGGCAGCAGCGGCAAUGGCAAUGGCGCACCGCCGCCGCCGCCGCGUCAUCGCGAGCUGCGGGUCGAAGACGCGCUGCUGUACCUCGACCAAGUGAAGCAGCAGUUUGGCGACCAGCCCGACAUUUACAACCAGUUCCUCGACGUCAUGAAGGACUUUAAGGCGCAGGCCAUUGACACGCCGGGCGUCAUUUUGCGCGUCUCGACGCUCUUUCGCGGCUACCCGAACCUCAUUCUCGGCUUCAACACGUUCCUACCGCCGGGCUAUCGGAUCCGACCGGACACGUCGAUCGAAGUGAUUCCGUCGCAGAUGGCGGGACGAAGCGCUGGCCCAGCGCCGCCGUCGAUCUACUCGACCGGAGGCCCCACGCAGCAGUCGCCGAGCGCCAAUCUGUGCCUUCGUCCGCCGCCCGUGACGAUCCCACCGCCGCCGUACUCGCCGCCAGAGCUCCAUAAGCCAACUACGUCUUCGCGCCAGCACUUACCCGCUGCUGCUGCUGCUGCUGGUGCUGCUGGUGGUGGUGGUGGGCAUAUGAAAACGGGCGGCAAAACAAAGAAGCAGCUGCAGCAGCAGAACCCGGGGACAAGUGGCGGAACUCCGGCCGACCGAAGCUCGACGAACCCCGUGGAGUUUGACCACGCGAUCCACUACGUGACGACGAUCAAGCAGCGCUUUGCCGACGAGCCAGAGACGUACAAGGAGUUCCUGGCGAUAUUGCACACGUACCAGAAAGAGCAGCGGUCGAUCCGCCAGGUGCUGGACCAAGUCUCGCACCUUUUCCGCGACCACCCGGAUCUGCUGCGUGAGUUUACGUUCUUUUUGCCCGAUGCCGUGCAGGAACAAGCAAAAGAGCGUCUGAACCGUGCGGCCGAGAAGGCGCAGCAGCGCAAGGACCAAAUGGCGCUCAAAGCGCGCAAGUAUGGCUUGGCAUCGCAGAGCUACCAGCCGUCUGAUCGGCGCAGUGACCGUGGACCGGAGUCACCGUCCAGCGCUGCAAUGAAGGGAGGACGCAUGAUGGGCGAUGGGGACGAUGCUCACAUGAAGUACGGCAAAAAAGGGAGCAGCAGAGCAUACAAGGACGAUGACCACCGUCUUAGUGGCAAGGCGUUGGAACGCCGGGAAAAAGAGCGUGAACGUGAACGGAACCGCGCGCAGUUCAACCACAAGCGUGCGAAACGUCGUCCGUAUGAUGGAAAAGAGCGCCGUACGUAUCUGGCAAUCUCGGACGUGCUUCUUGACAAAGAAGAGUGGACUAUAUUCGAGAAGAUCAAGAAGAUUCUUCCGUCUCGAGACAAUUGGCGCGAAUUUCUGAAGUGUCUGGAGCUAUACAGCCAGGAAGUACUCGACCGCAACGAGAUGUUGUCGCUUAUCAGGAACCUCUUUGGUCGUCAUACGGACCUGGUGGAAGAGUUUGACCGUCUGCUGUGCUCUCAUGGUGCGCAAAAGAACGCGAAGGAGAUUUGGCCAUUCAUCCCGCUCGCUGAGACGGAUCUGUCCCAGUGUCGCCGUGCUACUCCAUCUUACCGUGGGUUGCCGUCAAGCUACCCCAUACCGCCAUGCUCGCAUCGCUCGGUGCUGGAGAAGCAAGUGUGUAAUGACUUGUGGGUGUCUGUGCCCACAGGCAGUGAGGACUUCUCCUUCAAGAGUAUGCGCAAGAACCAGUACGAGGAAGCGCUGUUCAAAUGCGAGGACGAGCGAUUUGAGAUUGACAUGGUCAUCGAAACGAAUGCGUCCACGAUCAGUGUUCUUGAGCCGCUGGCGAACGAGAUUGAGGUGCUCAAGAAGAGCGAGGAGUCAAGUGGUGAGGAAGGUCAGCUGUGGAACUACGUUGUGGAAAAGGGCACGUUCCGUGUGACGCACUUGAAUGCUAUCACGCGCAUCUACGGGGAGUCAGGGACGCAGAUUCUAGAGUUGCUGCGCCAGUAUCCUGCUGGCGCGAUUCCUGUGAUUCUGAAGCGACUGAAGCAGAAGGACGAAGAGUGGCGCCGCGCGCGUGAAGAUUUGAAUCGUCAAUGGAAGGAAGUGAACGAGAAGAACUACCACAAGUCACUGGACCACUCGAGUUUUUACUUCAAGCAGAAAGAUAAGAAACAGACAAGUAUGAAGACGAUGAUGCAGGAGGCCAAGAAGAAACUCGAGGCGGACGAAAAGCGCGCCGAAGUGCUGAAAACGAAUUCGGAUAUGCCACCAUGCGCUGCCACAACGAUCUCGGGUGUGUUGAAUGCGAAAGCUGCACCUCAGCCGUCAGCUAUUGCUGAUGCACUGAAAAAGGAACAAUUGGCACACUCAGUAAAGACUGCGAUUCCAUCAGGUAGCAUGGCGCCGACACGUUUUCCGCAGUCUGCGUCGUCGACCAAGUGGAAGCCUCAUUUCGUGUUCAAAUUCGCAUCCGUGCGGAUUCACAAGGAGGCAUUUGGCUUACUGUCGUAUGCCGCGGAGAAGAAUUUGAGCGUGGCUGACAAGGAGAAGAUAUCUAAGGUCUGGCAAGGCUUCUUCUUCCCGUUUUUCCAUUUGGAAGAAGAGUGGCUCGUACGCAAGCCACAGCACACUACAGUAACACUGGAGAAGGCGAGGACGUUGCCUAUCGGCACGGAAGUGAGCACGGAGUUUGGAGAGGGCACGGUGCAGCAAUUUAACAAAGCAAAGGCCUAUUUUACGAUCAACUUGGCUGCAAUAGGAUGCCAAGCAUACUUGCAGCCUAGCGCUCUGACCAUCCAGGAGGCCGCGGACUUCCCGCCCAGUCUCCCGGCUCUUGAUAGCAAGCAAGAUGCAGUUAAGGUACAAGCCGAUACCAAGUCGCUGUUUUACGGCAAUCAGCAUGCGUACGCUUUUCUGCGUCUGUAUCAGGUGCUGCACAACCGGCUCGAGCGCGCGUUUGACCUGUGUGAGAAAGCAAAACGGAACCGCAAUCGUCGCACGAUCAAUCCAGCUGCCCGCGCACUGGCCCACGCGCACCAUUCGUUGUCUGCGUCAGCAAAGGAGAAGACUGGUGACUACCAGGCGUUCGUGUCAAAGUUGUAUUCACUGAUUGAUGGCUCGGUCGACAAUGCCAAGUACGAGGACUCUUGCCGAAGUCUCAUGGGCUCGACAUCGUACUUCUUGUUUACUAUGGACAAACUCGUGACGCAAGUGCUCAAGCAGAUGCAGCACUUGGCAAACGACGAUACCUGCCAGGAGCUGACGAAGGCGUUUGUCGAGGUGAAAGGUGGACCAAAGGCUAUGACAGACGCGACUGGUGCUGAAGCCAAGACGACUGCGUACCUCAACAAGACCAAGUCCAUUUUUGAAGGCGAAGGUGCGUUUCGCAUUGAGUUCAACCCUGGCGUGCUGCGCAAGACACCACUGGAAGCGCGUGGCGGGUCCACUCCCAUCGGUGUGUCGGAGCCGUUCAAGAUUUGGGCGCCCUCGCCGCGGGUGCGAGCUCCAGAGUUCAGCAAGUGGCUGAUUGAGCCUGAACUAGCGAUCGAGUACUUGGGCUCGAUGGACGACAAUGGACACGAAGACGAUGACGACGACGACUCCCCGAGCGCGACGCCGCUCGACACACCUUCGGCAACACCUGUGUAUGGUUCGCCUGUGCACGACACGCCUGUGCACGAUUCACAGGACGACGACGACGACCCGAUGGACAAGUCGAAGGAGGUUGACGACCUGACGAAAGGAGCUGUGACCCCAGCAUCGUCUGGAAGCGUCGAGCAAAGCGACAGUGCUUCGUCCGAUGAGUUUGUCAGCGCGGCAAGGGCGUUGGAGUCUGCGACAUUGCUGAAGAAGCGCGCGCGUCUCUCUUCCGAGCAAGACGAUGCGGUAUUGAUUGCAUCGUUGUCUUCGUCCUCUACAGGCAUGGACGGGUCACUGAAGAAGUCGAAGACAAUGCCGAACGCAGCGGACGUCAACGCCAGUGAUGCUGUCGAUAAGCGGGAAGCGUCCGCAGCAUUGUGGAACGAGGGCCUGAGGAUUCGAGCGGCGGCGACCGCAUCGGCUCGCGGUGCAAUGCCCAAGACGGAGGCAGUGAAGCAAGAGAUAAAGGUAGAGAAGCCGCAGGAGCAGACUCGGAGCCUCGAGUUGGGUCAAGGAGGCUGA